AUGUUUUGUUUCCACUGUCCACCUACACUUCAUCCUGCUGCCAGACAAUUUGGAAUGGACCUGGCUUAUCAGCAUCACCACCCAUAUUCCGGCUAUGGACUACACACCGAUUUUCAAGAUGACAGCUUUGCUAGACGAAAACAACGAAGAAAUAGGACAACAUUUACACUCCAGCAGCUUGAAGAGCUUGAGAAAGCAUUUGCCCAAACGCAUUAUCCAGAUGUUUUCACUCGAGAAGACUUAGCCAUGCGAAUCAAUUUGACUGAAGCACGUGUACAGGUUUGGUUCCAAAACCGUAGAGCAAAGUGGAGAAAGAGUGAACGAUUUGCUCAACAACAGACCAAACCUAGUACCACACAAAGUGAUACCGUGAACGAGGACGGUAAUUCAGAGACAGACAUGAAAAUACAAGAUGGCGGCGAAGAUCUAGAGGUUGAUACGGUAACAAGUUCCGACGACCUGGAUGAUUCUUUACUUCCGGACGAAAUAGACGUUCACUCAGAACGAGGCGGAGACAUUGUUGGUAAAAGUGAAUCUUCUUAUGAUGUUGAUACAGAAACGAAAGAACAAAUAAUCUGUAACGAUAUUCCGGAAUGUAAGGAGGAACCAGACACAAACACAGUUUCUACUGAAAAAGAAUUUUGCCAACCACCCUCCGUUUUAUCUGCAUCACCCAACAGUAACGAGACUGACGACAACAAAAAUAACUUACCCGACAAAGUUGCCGAACAAAUCUCUGAUAAUUCUGAGAGCGACACCACCACCUCAGAGUCGGGUGGCACUAGCCACACAUCUCAAGUCAUCCCCAACUUACUGUCAACGGGUAUGCCACACGGAAUGUGCUCAUCCUCAUCUAUGCUGAUGAACAUUGCCAAUCAAACUCAGGAAAAUAUCUUGCAGAAACAACAGCCGUUCUUGCAAAACUCCUUUGUACAAACAUUACUUGCUCUGAACAAUAAUGCUACGUCGAGACCAGCGGGUUUGAUGCCGUUCAUGGAAGGAGCUGGUUACAAAAACUACUUGGACAACUACUUCACUCCCAGACACUUUCUACCUCAUGUGGCACAUCCUGCUUUCAAAGCCGCGUGCCUUCCUUUCUGCGCCUGCUGCACCACAAGACCGAGUUGUCCCCCUUUGAUGGUUCCCCCGGACCAGAGAACAUCCAGCGUUGCGGAACUCCGACGUCGGGCACGUGAACACUCAGAAUCAAUUACGUCAUCAAAUGUUCCGGACACCCCACACAGUAGCCGACCAUGA